AUGUCGACACCAGGCCAUCGUUUGCACCAUAAGCAUAAGCACGCUCAUGAUUUAUUUCCACCGGAAAAUAAACAGUUCAUGGAAUCCAGAGACUUUACCGGGUUAGACAACCCUCCGGAACCUAAAAGGACGCCCAAUCCGUUUGCUGAAAAGAACGAUUCUAAGGAGGACUCAUAUGUCAAUGCUUUGCUGUCUUCUGUUUCACAGAAACUAAAAAACCAGCAGCAGCAUCCCAGUUCGACUAGAGAACAGAGACAUAUUUUCCAGCAGAAAUCUGUGCCGCUUAGCGCAGAAGAAUCGCCGAAUUCCGGUGAUGAGAUCAAGUUUUCCAAUGGUUAUAACGAAGAGGAAAGACCAGAUCGUGUUAACCGUGAAGGAAAGAAGAAAAAUGGUGAGCUAGGUCUUGGAUCACUGAAUGGAACGGAACAGGCUCCUGCACCACCACCACCAAUAAGGAGAAACUCAUCGCUCUACGAAGAUUUCAAGAAGGCUUAUUAUCACGAUACGCAUAUGUUUGAUUCGCAUAAAUAG